GCAUCCUCACAACCCACCCCAUCCACCCACACCACCGCCUAGAGACUUCUGGGGACCUCUCAAGUCCAUUACUCUGAAAGGUGACGGCUCAGGCCACCUAGGCGCGGGGACAGCGGACACACUCGCACAGAGAGGCGCGACCGCGACCCGGGGUGAGGCUCCAACCCGGAGCAAUCGAGGAGCCCAGGAGCUCUUGCUGUACAAGGGAACCAGCGCAGGCGCAGCAGAAAACGCCCCGGGCCGGGCCGGGCCCGGCCCCGCAGGUCUGAGAGCAAAGUGUCUGGGAGGGUCAGGGUGGCGCCGGGCCAGGCUGUCCGCGGGGCUCACCUCGCGCUGGACCUGGGAGGGGCGCGGCACCGCCCGCGGGCCUACGGAUGCCCCGCCCGCCCCCCUCCGUGGCCCGGGCCGGUCGUGAGCUGCUGCAGUAUGAGAGCCGGUGCCGCCCCUCGCGGUCGGUGGACGCGUGGCGAACCGAGGCGGCCGCUCCUGGGCUCUGCAUGGGGACACCAGGGGCCCGGCGACGCGCACGGCGCGGAGGCUGGGGAUUACCUCUGAGCUCCUCUGCCCUGGCUGCAACAGGACUGCUGUGCACCGCGUUGACCGCCUGCAUCUGCUGGGGACAGCUGCCGCAGCUGCCCUGGGCGUCCCCAGCUCCGCCGCGCCCAGUUAGCGUGCUGCUCUGGUGGGAACCUUUUGCGGGGCGCGGCGGCUACUCUAGGCCUCCCCCUGAUUGCAGCCUGCUCUUCAACAUCAGCGGUUGCCGCUUGCUCACCGACCGCGCGGCCUACGGGGAAGCUCAAGCAGUGCUGUUCCACCACCGCGAUCUGGUGAAGGGACCCCCCGACUGGCCCCCGCCUUGGGGCGCCCAAGUGCGCACCGACGAGGCUCUGGAGCUACGCGUAUUCGACGACCAUGAGGGAGAGGCGAUGCUAGCAGGCGAAGCCCUGGAGACCGCAGGCUCUAGACCUCCGGGUCAGCGCUGGGUGUGGAUGAACUUCGAAUCACCCUCCCACUCCCCUGGGCUGCGAGGCUUGGCUAAGAACCUUUUCAAUUGGACCUUGUCCUAUCGGGCCGAUUCGGAUGUCUUCGUGCCCUAUGGCUUCCUCUACCCCAGAAGCCACCCAACUGACCAGCCACCAGGCCUGGCACCCCCGCUGGCACGCAAGCGGGGCCUGGUGGCCUGGGUUGUGAGCCACUGGAAUGAACGCCAUGCACGGGUCCGUUAUUACUACCAGCUGAGCCGGCAUGUGCCUGUGGACGUGUUUGGUCGGGCGGGACCCGGACAGCCGGUGCCAGCUAGCGGACUGCUGCACACUGUGGCCCGCUACAAGUUUUACCUGGCCUUUGAGAACUCGCAGCACGUGGAUUACAUCACUGAGAAGCUGUGGCGGAAUGCCUUCCUGGCCGGGGCCGUGCCAGUGGUGCUAGGUCCUGACCGUGCCAACUAUGAGCGCUUUGUGCCUCGUGGUGCCUUCAUCCACGUGGAUGAUUUCCCUAAUGCUGCCUCCCUCGCAGCCUACCUGCUGUUUCUUGACCGAAACGUGGCUGUCUAUCGCCGCUACUUCCACUGGCGCCGGAGCUAUGCUGUGCACAUUACCUCCUUUUGGGAUGAGCCUUGGUGCAGGACUUGCCAAGCUGUGCAGACCUCUGGGGACCAGCCCAAGAGUAUCCGCAACUUGGCGGGCUGGUUUGAGCGGUGAGGCCACUCUGCUGUGAAUUGACUACAUUUCUUCAGCUAAAGUUUUAAAAUACCCAAUUCUGCUUGAUGGGAAAAAGAUGAGAUACCGAUUAUUAUUUGGCACAAAGAUAGGAUGGGAACAUUCCCAGGCCCGCGUGACUUUUUACGGAGAGCUGGGCUGGCUCUCUGUUAAGGGGCAGUGGUAUCCAGGGUGAGGAUGGAGGCUCUCUUCCUUACCUGCCAUCCAUGGGAAGAAGUGGCUUUUCCUUCUGGCCAUCGGCCUCUUAAUUCUCUAGCCCAUGGUCGCUUGGACCAGUGAGGAGAAGACCACUGGUUUUGAAAGCUCAGUGUGAGAUGCGGGAGGACUGUGUCCAGAGUGGGUUUUUCUUUGAUGGUUGAAUUUUUCAAACCAUUCAAUCCUGGAAAAUAGAAGCCAUUGAUUUCCUUCACCAGCUGUUGGUGUCCCCAGCCUGUGAAUAGAAACAAGAGGCAAAGUUAUCCUCAGCGGAAAGUCAAGGUGAAGAUGUGGGGGCACCUCACUUUGCACUAGAAACCUAUUCCUGACAAGCUGCAUUUAAGCAACACAUCAAACUCGGGGCCCUAGGAGAGGACAGUAUUUAAUAGAAAUAAAUGGAAAAUCCCUUCACAAUGUGAACGAUCACCUCCUAAGUGUUUCUUUUGUCUUCAUAUGUCCCUAUAAGCUGGAUUAAGAAAGCAUUAAAAAUACAAAUAUGAAAAAGCACAAUAUCUUCUUGCCCUUUUCCUAACCAGUGUUUACAAUGGAAGAGACAUCAAUGAUAGUGUCACGCCCACAAAGUUGCUUAUUUCGUGUCUCUGCUGGACCUGAAGUUUAAACAGGAAUGUUAGUCCUUAAGCAGCGUUGGCAGUGCUGUGCAGAGAGAACAGUAAAAGAGACUUUGAUGAACUAUGGGUUUGUGCAAAAGGAAAAAAAAAAUCUUUUGUGUGUCUGUUAUAUGGUUGUUCUGUUUCUGUCCUUUUUGUUGUUGUUGUUAAAUGGAACUGAACUAGUGCCUUCAAAUUAGUUGUCUGUUCUUUGCUAAACGCUGAAAUCUCCAGGUUCUCCUCUGAAUUUGUAUCACAGUACACUGAUUCUAGUGCCUUUGAGCCUAUCUGUGGACCAAUCUUGAAAAUAUACUCCUGGACUUUCCAAGUUCAACAGAAGUCAGGGCAUGCCUGCUUGUGCCAAACACUGGGCUUGAGCUCCCUGGGAGGUACAGAAAGGUGUAAGAAGAGCCUUCUCUACCACUGCCACAGUGAAUAGGGAUUUUGGUCACAAAAAUAAAGCAUCGUUCAUAAAUCAGAAGGCUUCAUGCUGUCAAGCUAGGACCUUCGGUCACUGUUAUGGGCCGGUUCCAAGAUUAGAGUUCUGCCACUGUUCGGUUAGGACAGAGUCUUAGGUCAGGUUCUCAGCCUAGAGCUUAGGUCCAGGUGUUUUUGUUUGUUCUCUUCCCUAAAGGCGGCAAUUAAAAGCUGUGAAUAACGUUUCCUCCCUCAAGUGUUAUAGUGUGGGCAGAACCGCAAUUACAGAGCACCAGCCACCCAGCAAAGGCAAAACAAAAGUUCUGGGUUCUCUUUGUUUUGCUUUUUCAAGACAGGGUUUC